GUUUCUCAUGCUCGGAACGGAACUUUUCCGGUAAACGGUUACGGUCCCCUAAAGAGAGCGUUAAACCGGAAAGUGAUAGCUCGAGCCCGCUCACCGGCAACACCGGCGCCCGCUCCUGUAGCCUGUCUCAUUCUAACGGCGUCAAGCUAGCUGGCUAGUAAGGUGUUAGCAUGCUAGCUAGAGAGCAGACAGAAUCAUCAAAACAAGGUGAUUCCGCUCUGAACUGGCGACGAGGAGCUAAUACAAGCUAGCUGUUAGCCGGCACAAGCUAGUUGGAGAUCAUAACAAUUGACUUAACGUUAAUUCAUGACGUUACCAACAGUUCUAAUGUCUUUGUCAACAAAUUACUAAUCAAAGUCUUAAACCAAAGUACUAAAAAAUGUAGUAAUUACACACUCCACUCCACUUUAUCAGGUCUACCUUGUUAGUAGAAGGUUGGAGCUCUUUGUUUUUCAGAGAUGCCUUAAUUCUUGGUGUUAUACUUUAAACAAGGUGUUCGAAACAUUCCUCAGAUGUUGGUCCACGUUGACGUGACAGCGUCACACAGUUGCUCCAGGUUCAAUCUCCCGUUCCACCGCAUCCCAAAGGAGCUCCACUGGGUUGAGAUGUGGUGACUUGGAGGCCUUUGGGUACAGUGGAGCACAAGAUCUGAGCUUUGUGACACGGUGCACCAGGCUGCUGGAGAUGGUACACUGUGGUCAUUAAGGGAUGGACCUUCAUGUAGCCUUGCUCAGUGGUACUAAGGGGCGGGUUUAAAUCCCAGUAGAUCAGCAGUUUGUGACGUAGGAGCAGCCCGUCACUUAAAGUCACUUAAACCGUUGUACCCCGUUGUGAUGCUCUCUUUGAGCUUCAGCAAGUUGUCUUCACCACGUCUACGUGCCUAAAGGCACAGAGUUGCUGCCAUGGGAUGGACUGAUUAGCAAUUUGUGUUAACAAGCGAUUGAACAUGUGUAUCUACCAAAGUGGCUGGUCAGAGGUCAUGUAUCUCCACAAUGAGCGCCGCACACAAACUCCUCCGCCUCAGCCCGUCCGCACGGAGCCACAGAGCGCCACGCUGCAGUCCUCCGCUCACCUCCCAUGAUGCUUUGUGUCGUCUAGCCGCUGCAGGGGGCGGGGCUCAGGAGGAGGGGCAGGGGGGGUACUUGCUGGUGGAGGAAGACACGACCGACUCCAGACUCAUCAUCACCAUGGAGGACAGGCCGGUGGAGUUGAAGGCAGCGAGGAGGAGAGCGGUGAGGAAGAGGAAGAAGAAGCUGACCCUGGAGGAAGAAGAGAAGGGCGGAGCCUCAGACAGCGAGGAGGAGGCAGGGGCCGAGGUGGAGAUUGACAGGCAGCUGGACCAGUCACUAGAGACCAAGUCCAAACAGCACAACCUCACCACUGUGAACGUGAGAAACAUCAUCCAUGAAGUGAUCACCAAUGAACAUGUGGUGGCCAUGAUGAAAGCUGCAAUCAACGAGACAGAGGCCGUCCCCGCCUUUGAACCCAAAAUGACUCGAUCCAAGUUUAAAGAAGUAGUGGAGAAAGGCGUGGUGAUUCCAGCCUGGAACAUUUCUCCCAUCAAGAAGACGAGUGACGUCAACAAGGCUCCUCAGUUUGUGGAUAUCCAUCUGGCUGAAGAAGACUCCUCUGAUGAAGAGUACCACCCUGAUGAGGAAGACGACGAGGAGGAGACAGCAGAAGAUACCUUUCAGGAGAGCGACAUGGAGAGCUCCGCUUCUUCUCCCCGAGGAACUCGACUGAGCAGAGUGGAGGAGGACAGCUGCAGCCCCUGGCAGACUUCCCGGAGCCGCUUCAGACUGUUGAGGACAGAGUCUGUCUCAAUGGGCCCGCCCCCUCCUCCCAAAGUCCCUCCAACCAAAGCGGUACCUGACACCACCUUCCUCGAGAAACUCCAUGCUGUGGAGGAGGAACUGGCUGUGUGUGUAGAACCCUUCCAGCCUCUGGCUGAGUCCGAGGUGGGUCUGAUGGCGUACCGGACCCGGUCCAAACGUCCUCUACGUGACGUCCCACUCGGCCGCUUGGAGGCGGAGCUCCGAGCUCCCGACAUCACACCUGACAUGUACGAGUCUAGCUCCGCCCACGAGGACAGGGAUUGGACUGAUUGGCUGAGAGGCCUGAUGACAUCAGACAUGGAAAACGAAGAGGAGUGUGAUGAUGAAGAUGAUCCAGAGUACAACUUUCUGGCCGACACUGAUGAACCUGAUGUGGAGGAUUACCGUGACGACAAGGCUGUCCGCAUCACCAAGAAGGAGGUGAAUGAGCUGAUGGAGGAGCUGUUUGAAACGUUGAAAGAAGACCUUGCAGGGGGGCAGGAUGUAGAAGAUGAAGGCCAUGAGGAGGAAGAGGAGGAGCCACCAGAAGAGUGUGUUCAAACACAGAAACAUCAGGAGCACAACUCGUAUGUAACACACAGCAACACGCUGAGACCCCCCCCGAACCUCUGCCCUCAUCACAGAGGUCUAGGAGAGGAGGAGGAGGAGGAACCAAUCACAGAGCUGCGUACAGUAAAGCAGCAGGUGGCGCUGAUGAGAAAGAGGCGGGACCUUGGGCUGCCAACACACGUCCCAGAACCACACACCUUGAGGCUGAGCGGAGCGCAGAGGGGCCGCCUGCAGCAGCAGCUCCAGCAGCACGUCCAGCUGCUGACUCAGAUUCACCUGCUGAGUUCGCCUGUGGUCAAAUUGCAGAGUGAGGCUGAGACCACCAAACAGUUCUUGUUUGAGUUGGAGCUAUUGGCUCGGAGGGGUGAGCUGCUGAUGUCUUCGUCACGUCUUGGGUUCUGCAGCGCCUUCAGAGCCCCGAACCUACAGGGAGCUCUGCAGCUACUGGAGGAGCUUCAGAAGACCCCCAUCAGCUACCAGCAGCAGCUCCACCCGCCAGACUCCAGAGGACACAUGCGGCGUUUCCCUGUUCUGCCUGCUGAACUCUCUUGGCUCUUUGCCACCCGUCCGGUCUUCUUGUACCCAGAGCUGUUGCCCUGUGCCAGCCUGGACCCAGACCUCUACUGCCCCCGCAGGACGGCUGCUUUCACUGCAGCGGAGGACUGCCUCCUGGUCCUCGGCCUAAGGAACAUGGAGGGGUCAUGUGACCCGACCAAGCUGGUGUCUCAGUUUCUGCUGAGGAAGACCUUGGUCCAGGUCCGACGGAGAAUCCUGCAGUGCUGCAGACCUGGUUCCCCCGACAACAUUGUCAAGGCCUUCAGGUAUCAGCGGGUGCUGUGGCCGAUGCUGGUGGCUUGCCGGCAGGUGGACCCGGGGAAGCAGCGCCCCCCAGUUGAGAGAGAGGAAGAGGCCAUGCCCCUGUGGCUGAUGAGAAGCCUUCCUGCCAUCUUUGCCUCCAUCAAAGACAACAGCCCGUCUGGCUCCGCCUCCAAGGCCCCGCCCCCCAGUCAGACUCACCUGACCCUCCUCCGCUCGUCGUCUGACACCUACAGCUUCCCCCCAGGGACCAGUUACCCCCCCCGCCUCCCCAAAAACCUUGACUUCCGGCGCAUCGGCUUUGUGCUGCAGCACCCCCUCCCCCGAGCUCUCCCUCCCGCCUCUCUCCCUGACUCGACCCCCCUCACUGACCAACAGGUAGGCUCCUCCCCUCUCCCUGACCGAAAGGUAGGCUCCUCCCCUCUCCCUGACCGAAAGGUAGGCUCCUCCCCUCUCCCUGACCGAAAGGUAGGCUCCUCCCCUCUCCCUGACCAAAAGGUAGGCUCCUCCCCUCUCCCUGACCGAAAGGUAGGCUCCUCCCCUCUCCCUGACCGAAAGGUAGGCUCCUCCCCUCUCCCUGACCGAAAGGUAGGCUCCUCCCCUCCCCGAGCGCUCAGUCCUGGAAUCCUUCUCUGCCGCCUCCUCCUGAGCAGGACUGAUACCCCUGUUGUCAUCGCCACCACCUCGCCAGUCUCCAUGACGAUCAAAGAGCGGAUCAGAGGUCACUCUCGGACCCUUAGCAGCCUGAGGAGGAAGUCUGUUUCACCCGCUGAAGAACUGAAUGAGAGAGGAGCAAGAAGGAGCGUUGAGGAGGCUGUAGUUACUCCUCCUGAAGGCCACGCCCCCUCUUGGGGUGAAGAGGAGGAUGAGGAAGACACUGAUGUCCUCCUGGUUCUCUCUGAAUCAUCACACAGCUCAACAGGAAGUGAACUCUCCAUCAACCCAGAGGAGGCGGAGUCAGAGAGGGAACAGGAAGUGACACGGACGCCAUCCGCAGCAAAUAGGGUUAAUGAUGAGAGAGAGAUGUCCUCAGAUGAGUCCUUCCUUCUGCUUCAGGAGGCUUCAGAGGAUGAAGAGGACCAGAAGCGGACAGAAGAAGACGAGGUGUUUGCUGAGGACUAUCUGCUCAGAGUGUGUGAGGCGGUGCAGGCUUGUCCCGGUGUGUUGGAGCAGCUGCUGCAGGUGUUUGAUUGCUGCUCGUCCUCUGCAGAGCGUCUCUUCGGUGGACUGAGCCGUGUCCUUCACCCGUGGCCUCAGCUGCUCAGAGACUUUGCUGCCUUCCUGAACCGAAGGCAGGCUCGCUGCUGCGGACUGCUGACGGAGCAGCGACUGUUUGAACGCAGCCGGAGGUUCCUGCGGCUGCUGAGGCGGAGCCUUGGAGAAAACUCCCAUCAGUUCCAGCAGUUGGUUUCGGUGCUGCAGGGAAGCUCCGCCCCCUCACCUGAGGACAUGGUCCAGAUCUCGUCGCUCCUCGGACAACACGCCGACCUACACCGGGAAUUCUGGGAGUUUUUCCAGCAGCUUCACGACUCCGAGACAGAUUUCGUGUCCCAGAAUGCUCCUUUCCGCCGCCACAGGAAGAGCAUCGAGCAUCGGAUGCCUGUAGAGGCAGAGCGACCGGUCGGCGCCAAAAACAUGUUGCUGACGUCGACGGGAGAGAAAGUGGUCGUGUGGACGCGCGAGGCAGACCGCGCCAUCCUGACAGCCUGUCAGCAGAGAGGAGCCAAUCGUAAAACAUUCAGGCAGGUCUCCACCCAGCUGGGAAACAAGACCGCCCGACAGGUGAGCCAUCGUUUCUUAGACCUGAUGAAUCUCUUCCACUCCGCCAACGUACAAAAGUCCACUUCAUGUUCCUGAGAGGGAAAGCCAAUCAGCAGAUAAGAAGCCGACCAAAAGCAUCGCAUUGAAGAGCUGACAUCGGAUGUCCUUCAUCGUGAAGUUCUUCAGGAUGUUUCAUCCCCUAGAACGUGGAUCCAAUCGAACUCAUUGGAUGCUUCUGGGUGUUCUAGAACUUGUUUGAGAAGAAGAAGAAGAACAUCUGGACCAUAGACCAGUACAGCCGAGGCCUCUUUAUUUAUAUCUCAUCAUUAUUUAUUCUGUAUCUUCUCACCGCUGAGUCAGGGGACAGGGUGACUUUGAGGAUGGGAGGUGUGGCCUCAGGCAGGGGGGGGGGGGGGUCACUGUGAGUGUUUGAGGCCUCACGUAGUUAGGUGGCGCAGUUUUUACAUUAAGUUGAUGUUUACAGAAAUAAUUUAAUACUGAAGAGGGUUUAGUCUUCCUAUGAUGCACCUGGGUUUAACUGAAUAAUUCCAAGUUUCCAGCGGCCUUAAUGAACGUUUUACAUAUUUAUUCAUAUUGAAUGUGAAUGAUACUUCAAUAAAUCCUUCUUACAUGUUUCCCACUGA